AUGCAAACACUCCUAUGCACCACCUCGCAGGGCUGCGCUAGCAGCGUCGCGGCAUGGGCCACCAAGCUCUCCGGGCAACAGCCCACACCAGCCCCUGCCGCGCUGCCUCCAGCCACUACUACAGCCUCCGCCGGCGGCGGCGCCGCUACCCCCGCGGCGGCCACGUCACCAGCAUUGUCGUCGGCUGAGGCAGUUGCGGCGGCGACACGGGCCGGAAGUACCAUGUCGUGCCUGCGGCACGGUAGCGCGGCGGCGACGUCGGUGUCGGUCUUGUUGACAGAAGAGCUCGCCUCAGGCCGUUCACAAUUGGAGCGUGGCUACCGGCAGCUGCCCUUGGGAGUGCCGCUCAAGGAGUGGGGUGACCUGCACGUGCGCAUGUGGCUGCUAACACUCCCUGCCGUACUGCGUCCGUACACGGACAUGUUGUGCAGUCCAGGGGGCCUGCUGUUGGAAUGGAGCGACGAGCUCUUGGCCGAAGCCGGAGUCAGCAACGCCUUCCAUCGCAAGCAGCUGCUGGAGUAUGUACGCCAGCUGCAAGCUGACGUGGCGACCCACCUAACGGAGCAACAGCAGGACCGGCAGCGGCAACUGCAGCGGCACCAGGGGGGAGCGGGGCCAGUGGCACCAGAUAGGCGACCUAAGAGCUUGGCGCCGCCGGGGCUCAUACCGGGGAGCAUUGACAGCCCGCAAUCUGACGGUGGCGACGACGACAGCGCCUACUGCGAGAGAACUGGUGCCUCCGUCACCGCGGCCGAGGGCCACGGCGGUGGCCUUCGGACGACGGCGGCCAGAUCGCCCUCCGCCAAGCAGCAUCCCUCCGACGGACCCAUGGGUCGCGAUGCGAGCCCCGACUUGGGUCCGGGUUUGCGUACCCCUGCCAAGUCAGUCAGUCCUAGGCGGCGGCGCAGCUUGGGAAACAGCGGCAGCGUCAACAGCAGCAGCGGCGGCGGCGUGAGAGCCAGCGGGCGGGAACUGUUAGCGGAGUACGAGCAGGGCCUCCUAGAGAAGGCCCUCCCCACCCUGAAGCUGCUGGUCCGCGAGGCGGGCUCCAUGUGCCCCUGGCCUGGGGACGCCGCCGCCCAGCUGCUGGCUAGCCUGCUGGACAUGGGGGAGAGGGCGCUCGUCAACAAGAGGAACUGGCAGCAGCUCAACACGCGGGCAGUGGACCUGCUGCAGCUCAUUGCGCGCAACAAGCAGCUCCAAUCUGACACCCACAGCUACCGCAACAUUAUGCACCGCCUCAUCAAUACACUCAAGCUCAGCAGCUUUACACGUCGGCUGUUGAUCCGUUAUUGA